AUGAAUAAUUCAGUUAAAUUUACAAAGUAAGGUGGUAGAAUAGUACUUUCAGUUAAAAAAAGGGAUAAUUAACAUAUUUUUUCUGUUUGGGAUAAUGGGGAAGGAAUAAGUAGUGAAUAAAUGUUAGAUAUGUAGAAUCGUUUAUAAUAAUAAUAAAAUGUUUCAAAUAAAUUAGGAUUGGGUCUAAGAGUAUCGAAAGGAAUAGUAAAAUAUUUAAGUGGAGAUGGAGAAUUACAAAUUAAAAGUGAGAAAGGAUUUUAUACAGUUGUAAGUUUUUGUAUAAACGAACAAAUGAAGACAGGAAUUCAAGAAGUUGGAUUAUCUUUAAAAGACAUAGAUGAAAAUGGUUCUAAUACUAAAGAUUCAGUUUAAAAAGUUUAUGUUUCCUCAAAAAUGUUUUUAAAUUAAUAAUGCAAAUGUCCAUAGAUUCUUAUAGUGGAUGAUGUACCUUUUAAUCAUAUAGCAUUACUCGCAUUAUUAUAAGCCUAUGGAUGGAAAGCAGAUAGUGCAUAUGAUGGGGAUUCUGCAAUUAGAAAAGUCAAACAAAAAUUACACAAUACUUGUUGUAAAAUCUUUAGAUUGAUUUUUAUGGACAUUGAAAUGCCAGGAAAGAAUGGAUUUGUUGUUAGUAGUGAAGUAUUGAUGCAUAAAUUAAUUAGAGAUUUCAGAAAUUCUUCGUAAUGAAAAAUAAAGUACCGUUAUAGUAAUGUGUUCUGCAUAUAAUGGAUAAGAGAAUGCCAAAUAGGCUCAUGAGAGUGGUAUGCAUGAAAUCUUAUCUAAACCAAUUUCAUUAGAUUCUUUGCAAACGCUUUUAGGAAAAUACUUUUGUUGA